AUGCUCGUCCUUAAGUGUGGGCCCAGAACAUACCCAGGGUGUGCGACUACCGUUCGAAACCUCGACACAUUCUAUGGCGUCCAUUCAACAUCUGACGUGUUUGCCGUCUCAGGGACAGCGGUCAGAAUAAAAACUCCUUCCUUCCUACACAAUCUGGGAGGUUUACUUCCAGGUGGGAACUUACAUAAAGGCGAAGCCAUGGAGUUAAACAAUUUCUGGCGGUUGGAUCUAAGAAGACACUUGGAACUAGCCAAGAUCACUCACUCAGAACGACGAGGGCCUGGAAGACAGACAAUGAAGACACACUGGGCCCCGCAUAAGACGCGAUAUAAAAUGAAAAAUGAAACUAGUGCCGACAGAGAAUCAAAUGCCGAAGACCCGAAGACCCGAAGACCCUUCACAUCUCCCGCAGCAGUUACUGCCUCCGCUUGUUCCUUGACGCUGAAGGGAUGGCUGUUUCAUUCGAAUCCAAACCAUAGCUAUUUACACACUAAGUUGUCUGUCGUCUAUGACAACUCGACUGACCUGUGGAUGAGGCUGAUCGAUGGUGCUUCAGAGGGUAUUUUUUGGUUAAGUUGCUUCGGCCGCGUCCUCAGAGCGCGUGUAUCCGACUAUGACCGACGGAAGUAUGUCCGUUACUGGGGUUUCCCUGGCCCCGGUUGCGACAGUAAUAUUCGGAUAAAUGCCUUCUCCUCGUUCCGAGUCUAA